UCAUUGCUCGCACUCACUCAAGUCCAAACUAUUUCAACUUUCCCCUUUUGCUUCUCAGCCACAGAGAUCUCUCCUCCUCAUGGCUCCAAUUGCUGUAGGCGAUGUUGUACCAGACGGAACUAUCUCAUACUUCGAUGAGAAUGAUCAGCUUCAGACCGUCUCUGUUCACGCUAUCGCCGCCGGCAAAAAAGUCAUCCUCUUUGGUGUUCCUGGUGCUUUCACUCCCACUUGCAGUAUGAAGCAUGUUCCUGGGUUUAUUGAGAAAGCAGAGGAGAUGAAGUCAAAGGGUGUUGAUGAGAUCAUUUGCUUUAGUGUGAACGAUCCUUUUGUGAUGAAGGCAUGGGGAAAGACAUACCCAGAGAACAAGCAUGUGAAGUUUGUAGCUGACGGGUCAGGGGAAUACACACACCUUCUAGGACUUGAGCUUGACCUCAAGGAGAAGGGUCUUGGUGUUAGGUCAAGGAGAUUCGCUCUGUUGCUUGAUAACCUCAAGGUGACUGUAGCCAAUGUUGAAUCCGGUGGUGAGUUCACGGUUUCCAGCGCCGAGGAUAUCCUCAAGGCUCUCUAAGAAACUUUAUGUCGUUUGCCUUUGUUGUCCACCUAAACCGCUGUAUUUGAAGUAGCAGAUUCUAUAUCGCCUGGUUUUUGAACAAGUAGGCAUAUAAUAAUGCGGUGUGUGAUGACUUGCUAGGCAUAAUAAAGUACUGACUUUGGUGUCUU